GGCUUGCUCCUCGGGCUCCUGUCGGAUGCCCGCGCGGAGGACAUCGAGUACGUGCUCAACGACAUCCAGCGGACGCCGUCCCGUCUCGACUCGAAGCACGAAACCCUGCAGUACCAGAUCGCUGCAGCGUCCCGUGGCAAGCAGCGUGCUCCACGGCGGAGGGUGCCGCCACCGCC